GGCCCCCGCAGCCCCAUGGAGGUCUCCCGGAGGAAGGCGCCGCUGCUGCCGCCGCCGCCGCCACCGCCGCGCCCCCCGCGCCCCGCCGCGUCGCUGCCCCUGCUCGCCUAUCUGCUGGCGCUGGCGGCGGCGGCGCCCGCCCGGGGCGCGGGCGAGCCCGUGUGGCGCUCCGAGCAAGCCAUCGGAGCCAUCGCGGCGAGCAGGGCGGACGGCGUGUUCGUGGCGAGCGGCAGCUGCCUGGACCAGCUGGACUACAGCCUGCAGCACCGGCUCUCGCGCCUGUACCGGGACCAGGCGGGCAACUGCACGGAGCCCGUCCCGCUGGCGCCCCCCGCGCGGCCCCGGCCCGGGAGCAGCUUCAGCAAGCUGCUGCUGCCCUACCGCGAGGGGGCGGCGGGCCCCGGGGGGCUGCUGCUCACCGGCUGGACCUUCGACCGCGGCGCCUGCGAGGUGCGGCCCCUGGGCAACCUGAGCCGCAGCUCGCUGCGCAACGGCACCGAGGUGGUGUCGUGUCACCCGCAGGGCUCGACGGCCGGCGUGGUGUAUCGCGCGGGCCACAGGAACCGCUGGUACCUGGCGGUGGCCGCCACCUACGUCCUGCCCGAGCCCGAGACCGCGAGCCGCUGCAACCCUGCGGCGUCCGACCGCGACACGGCCAUCGCGCUCAAGGACACGGAGGGGCGCAGCCUGGCCACAGAGGAGCUGGGCCGCCUGAAGCUGCGCGAGGGCGCGGGCAGCCUGCACUUCGUGGACGCCUUUCUGUGGAACGGCAGCGUCUACUUCCCCUACUACCCCUACAACUACACGAGCGGCGCGGCCACCGGCUGGCCCAGCAUGGCGCGCAUCGCGCAGAGCGCCGAGGUGCAGUUCCAGGGCCAGGCGGCCCUCGACUGCGGCCACGGCCACCCCGACGGCCGCCGCCUGCUCCUCUCCUCCAGCCUGGUGGAGGCCCUGGACGUCUGGGCGGGCGUGUUCAGCGCGGCCACCGGAGAGGGCCAGGAGAGGCGCUCCCCCGCCACCACGGCGCUCUGCCUCUUCAGGAUGAGUGAGAUCCAGGCGCGCGCCAAGAGCUGCAGCUGGGACUUCCAGACGAGCGAGCACAACUGCAAAGAAGGGGAUCAGCCCGCCCGAGUGCAGCCCAUCGCUUCGGCCACCUUGAUCCACUCCGACCUGACAUCCGUGUACGGCACCGUGGUGAUGAACAGGACUGUCUUGUUCCUGGGGACUGGAGAUGGCCAGUUACUUAAGGUUGUUCUUGGUGAGAAUUUGACUUCAAAUUGUCCAGAAGUUAUCUAUGAAAUUAAAGAAGAAACUCCUGUUUUCUACAAACUUGUUCCCGAUCCCGUGAAGAAUGUGUUCAUCUAUCUAACAGCCGGGAAAGAGGUCAGGAGAAUUCCUGUCGCGAACUGCAGCAAGCGGAAGUCCUGCUCUGCGUGCCUGGCAGCAGCAGACCCUCACUGCGGCUGGUGCCUCUCACAGCAAAGGUGUACUUUUCAAGGAGAUUGCACACAUUCAGAGAACUUAGACAACUGGCUGGGUGUUUCCUCUGGAGGGAAAAAGUGUCCCAAAGUGCAAAUAGUUCGAAGCAACAAAGAUAAGACUACAGUGACCGUGCUGGGGAGCUCCUCCCCCAGACACUCGCAGUGCGUGGUGAGGAACCUGGAUAGUGGCAAGGACCUGUGCCGCGGGAGGAGUCCUGCAAACCGGCCGUGUACCUGCACCAUCCCCACCAGGCCGACCUACAGAGAUGUUCUGGCUGUCAGCGUGACGUUCUCCUUCGGUUCUUGGAAUUUGUCAGAAAGAUUCAACUUUACCAACUGCUCAUCCUUAAGAGAAUGUCCAGUGUGCGUUGGAACCGGCUGCACGUGGUGUAAGAGUGGGCGAAAGUGCAUCCACCCCUUCACAGCCUGUGACCCUUCUGACUAUGAGAGAAACCAGGAGCUCUGUCCGGCUGCUGUUGAGACGUCACCCACCACGCCAGGAGGAGGAAGACUCGGGGAGGGCAGAAAUAGCAGCACCAACCCAGGCUUUCAGGUCUUCUACGUUAAAUCCAUUGAGCCCCAGAAGAUAUCGACCUUGGGGAAAAGCAACGUGAUAGUUACAGGAGCAAACUUCACCCGGGCGUCCAACAUCACAAUGAUCCUGCAAGGAACCAGUACUUGCGAUAACGAUGUGAUCCGGGUGAGCCACGUGCUAAAUGACACCCAUAUGAAAUUCUCGCUUCCGUCAAGCCGGAAAGAGAUGAAGCACGUGUGUAUCCAGUUCGAUGGUGGGAACUGCUCUCCCGUGGGACCCCUGUCCUACAUCGCCCUCCCGCACUGCUCCCUGCUAUUUCCUGCCACCACCUGGAUCAGUGGUGGUCAAAAUAUCACCAUCAUGGGCAGAAAUUUUGAUGUCAUUGACAACUUAAUCAUUUCUCAUGAGUUAAAAGGGAACAUAAACGUCUCUGAGUACUGCGUGACGACUCACUGCAGGUUUUUAGCCCCCAAUUUAAAGAGCGCAAAAGCGCGCACGAAUGUCACGGUGAAGCUGAGAGUGCAAGACACUUACCUGGACUGUGGGACCUUGCAGUACCUCGAGGACCCCCGAUUUACAGGGUACCGAGUGGAUUCGGAGGUGGACACAGAAUUGGCAGUAAAAAUUCAAAAAGAAAAUGACAACUUCAACAUUUCUAAGCGAGACAUUGAGAUUACCCUCUUCCACGGGGAAAACGGGCAGUUGAAUUGCAGUUUUGAAAACAUUACGAGAAACCAGGAUCUCACCACCAUUCUUUGCAAAGUCAAAGACAUCACUGCGGCGAACAGCAUCGCCACCUCGUCCAGGAAAGUUCGCGUCAAGCUGGGGAACCUGGAGCUGUUUGUGGAGCAGGAGUCGGUCCCCUCCACGUGGUAUUUUCUGAUCGUGCUCCCCGUCUUGCUGGUGAUCGUCAUUUUUGCGGCCGUGGGGGUGACCCGGCACAAAUCCCAGGAGCUGAGUCGCAAGCAGAGCCAACAGCUGGAGCUACUGGAGAGCGAGCUCCGCAAAGAGAUCCGUGAUGGCUUUGCUGAGCUGCAGAUGGAUAAAUUGGACGUGGUUGAUAGUUUUGGAACUGUUCCCUUCCUUGACUACAAACAUUUUGCUCUGAGGACUUUCUUCCCCGAGUCAGGCGGCUUCACCCACAUCUUCACCGAAGAUAUGCAUAACAGAGACGCCAAUGACAAGAGUGAAAGCCUCACAGCUCUGGACGCUCUCAUCUGUAAUAAGAGUUUCCUUGUUACGGUCAUCCACACCCUUGAAAAGCAGAAGAACUUCUCAGUCAAGGACAGGUGCCUGUUUGCCUCCUUCUUAACCAUCGCACUGCAAACCAAGCUGGUCUACCUGACCAGCAUCCUGGAGGUGCUGACCCGGGAUCUGAUGGAGCAGUCCAGUAACUUGCAGCCCAAACUCAUGCUCAGGCGCACAGAGUCCGUGGUCGAAAAACUGCUCACCAACUGGAUGUCCGUCUGCCUGUCCGGCUUCCUCCGGGAGACGGUUGGAGAGCCCUUCUAUCUGCUGGUGACGACUCUGAACCAGAAAAUCAACAAGGGGCCCGUCGAUGUCAUCACUUGCAAAGCCCUGUACACCCUCAACGAGGACUGGCUGCUGUGGCAGGUUCCGGAGUUCAGCACCGUGGCACUCAACGUCAUCUUUGAAAAAAUCCCAGAAAAUGAGAGCGCAGAUGUCUGUCGGAAUAUUUCGGUCACUGUUCUCGAUUGCGAUACCAUAGGCCAAGCCAAAGAAAAGAUUUUCCAGGCAUUCCUCAGCAAGAAUGGCUCUCCCUAUGGACUUCAGCUCAAUGAAAUCGGGCUCGAGCUUCAGGUGGGCACACGCCAAAAAGAACUUCUGGAUAUUGACAGUUCCUCCGUGAUUCUUGAGGAUGGAAUAACCAAGCUGAACACCAUUGGCCACUAUGAGAUAUCGAAUGGAUCCACUAUAAAAGUCUUUAAGAAGAUAGCGAAUUUUACUUCAGAUGUGGAAUAUUCAGAUGACCACUGCCAUUUGAUUUUACCAGAUUCGGAAGCCUUCCAAGAUGUUCAAGGAAAGAGACAUAGAGGGAAACACAAGUUCAAAGUAAAAGAAAUGUAUCUGACAAAGCUGCUGUCGACCAAGGUGGCAAUUCACUCUGUGCUUGAAAAACUAUUCCGAAGCAUUUGGAGUUUACCUAACAGCAGAGCCCCAUUUGCUAUAAAAUACUUCUUUGACUUUUUGGAUGCCCAGGCUGAAAACAAAAAAAUCACAGAUCCUGAUGUUGUACAUAUUUGGAAAACAAACAGCCUUCCUCUGCGCUUCUGGGUAAACAUCCUGAAGAACCCUCAGUUUGUCUUUGACAUUAAGAAGACGCCACACAUAGACGGCUGCUUGUCAGUGAUUGCCCAGGCAUUCAUGGACGCGUUUUCUCUCACGGAGCAGCAGCUGGGGAAGGAAGCACCAACUAAUAAACUUCUCUAUGCCAAGGAUAUCCCAACCUACAAAGAGGAAGUAAAAUCUUACUACAAAGCAAUCAGGGAUUUGCCUCCAUUGUCAUCAUUAGAAAUGGAAGAAUUCUUAACUCAGGAAUCUAAGAAACAUGAAAAUGAAUUUAAUGAAGAAGUGGCCUUGACAGAAAUCUACAAAUACAUCGUAAAGUAUUUUGAUGAGAUUCUAAAUAAACUAGAGAGAGAACGAGGGCUGGAAGAAGCACAGAAACAACUCUUGCAUGUUAAAGUCUUAUUUGAUGAAAAGAAGAAAUGCAAGUGGAUGUAAGCACUCUGGGGCCUGGGUUAAUCUGGCAAAGUUCUUCAGACGACUUGGGAGCACAAUGGCUGCUUGAGCUACUCUUUGUCGUUAAGAUUUUGUUUGCACAUAGGUUCCACUUGGAGCACUGUCUUUUGAAGACACCAAGGCACAUGCACAGCUUUUAGAAAGCAUAGCGACCACUGUGCCUGUGUGUACCGUGGGAAACCUUCUGUAAAUAGAGUUGACGUGGUUGUUGCACACAGCCUCCUUGUUUACAGAGAAUACAGGGCCAGUAAGCAAGUGUCAGUAUUACAACUACAGUCUCCCCUUAAGCACAAUGAUACAAGUGGUUUUGGUGGAAAACUACAGCUAUGUAGUACCUGUGCCUACAUAGCAUCUCUGCAGAAAAGGGGUACCGCCAGUGCUCAAAGCAGAAGGUGAAGUGAGUCAUUUGGAAACAAGGUGGGGGUGUUAGGGCAACCUCGAGGAUUUGCAGCAUUGAAACUUUCCCCAGUAGUUCUUGGAAAAGCUGACCACAGAAUUUGGUAGUGUGUACCCUUAGCAUUUGUGAGUGUGUGUGUGUGUGUGUUCAAACCAAAAACGAACAGUGUCGCAGCAUUGUUGAAAGGGCUCGUGUUUUCCAGUGGUCACCAACUGCACUCCAUCACCCUCCCCUCCCUUUCACCCCGGAGCUCUAAAGCAAGGAGCUUUUAGCGUGAGGGAGCUUCAGCGCCGUGCAGCAGCAUUUUACCAGAUACUGUGUCCCAGUGUACGGUCGUCUCGUUUUUUGUUUCUCAUACUAAGUGUACUUGAUAGUGGACAUGUUGAGUAUUGUAAAAGAAGACAAGUUGAUUUCUGUUUGAAAACCUUUGAUUAGAACUACCUGUGGAAGCCGUGUCUCCUUGCUUUAGAUUUCUGGUGAACCCUGUGGUUAUAAUACUUGUGUGUGAUUUAAAAAAAAAAAAAAGUACAUUUUACAUUUUAUCAAAUUGCUGUUCACACUGGAGUAUUAUAUAUAAAUAUAUAUAUUUGAGGCCCAAGGCCUGAAAAAUAUUAGUAUACAACUUGGUAUCUUAGUCUUACUAUGUACUUUUUGAAAGUAUUCCUUACAGAAGAAAGAAUUUAAAAUACCCAUAUUAUUCAUACCUUUCUUUUUAAAGAAUGCCCUAUCCAGUUAAUACUGUAGUCUUUAUAUUGCUGAUUUUUUUAUUCCUGAAUUUUUGCUGCUCAUGACCAAUUUUAAUACCACUGUGUUUUCCUUCGAUUAAACCAGAAGUGAAAAGCAUAAUUGGCAACUCUCAAGCUUUUCUUGUGGUGGGCACCUUUUUAUCCUUGGUGCUCCAGAAAUCCCUGAUCUGGAAAAGAAGAAAUCUUUUCAAGUAGCAAGUAAAGUAUCACACAUUCCUUAAAAACCAUUUACCAACACGGCAUGGAACACCAGGAUUUCAACGUCAGUUUGUCUCAGAUAACUGCAAUUCUUUUUUGCUCCUUAAUAUCUGGUAGAGUGAGAGAGGUGAUACCUCAACAAACUGAUUAGAGAAACAAGCAGUUACUGCUCUGACAGGUACCUUCGCAAUCCUGUCGCCUUUGACCAUUGUUUGUCCAAUGGACACAUCUCAAAAAUACUACCAAAUAGGUUCCUUCUAAGUAUUAAGGUGAGAGGUCUGGUCCCCAUUCCAAGGCUGCUACAGUCUUCAAAGAGGUAAAGGAGUUCCUAAGAGAACAAAUGGGAGGAGAGUUGAGAGCCAAGGGUAGGAGAGUUGCCCAAAAGACUUCCCUUUUCUAUAGGGUACAGAAGACGCAAAGGAUCAGCUACAGCUUUAUCUGAGUAUUUAGCAGAUGCUACGUGGGGUGUCCCUGUCCAGCUCUCUGGCACAGGAGUCCUGGAUGGAGAGUUACCUCCUCUUCUCUUCCAGGGACUGUGCUGUUGGGAACUUUGGGCAAGUCACUUACCUCUUUGUGCCUCAAUUUCUGUAUAAUAUUUCUAACCUACCUCACUGAGGUGGUGUGAAGAUUCACUAAUGUAUGUAGCGUGUUUGUCAAUCCUCCAGUGAAAAGCACUAUCUAGAUCACGUUUUGGAUCACAUUAGCCAAAAGUCGUAAAUGGCCAAAUUAGAUGUGUGCUGAAGACAAUCAGUCACUGGGUCUAUUAAACAGCAACCAGAGAAACAAAUGGCAAACAAUUUUCUAUUUUCAAGUUUCUUUGCAUAUUUUUUUGGUGCAAAACCAUUUAUAAACUUUUUUUCUAACACUAGUGUCUACAGCAGCAUUUAAAAAUUAAUUCUGUUACUUUUUCUGUAUUAGGAUUUAAAGUCUAUUUCUUAUUGUAUACAUGAUUGAAGCUGUUCUUGGAGAUGAAUGUUUUAAAUGUCUAUAUACAAAAAUAAACAUUUUGAUGUAA